AUGCACCCUUUCUCCUCCUUGACCAUUGGCAUAUUCGUUGCCGGCUAUAUCACUGCUCGGUGGGAUCUUGUCACUCGGCUUUACGAACUCUCUCUUUUCGCCUGGGACCACGGCGUGAUUACCAGGGCGGCAAAGGCAUUCGCCAUCAUCUCCCUCCUCUUCGUUCUGAUUGCGAUCCCUCUCGAUCGGAUUGCAGCACAUGAGUCUGUAGUGCAUCCAAGGUCUCAGAUACACGGCAUAUCUGCACGAGAGCAACUUCGAAGGCGGGGCUCCUUCUAA